AUGGAUGAUUCCGAACUUCAAGCAAUUCGACAAACUAGGUUACGCGAGUUGCAAGCUCAACAUACGUCUGGUGGUGGCUCCAAACCGACGGAGGAAGACAGCGAGCAAAAACGCCAAAAAGAAGAGACGAGGCAAGCAAUGCUGACACAAAUUCUGGAAAAUCAAGCUCGUGAGCGACUCGCAAGGAUCUCUAUGGUAAAGGCCGAUAAAGCGCGUGCAGUUGAGGAUCUUUUAAUUCGCAUGGUUCAAGCAGGUCAAUUACGUGGGAAA